AUGGUUUUACAUCAAUUUGAUUAUAUCUUCGCCAUUGCCAUGAUCUUCGGAUUCUUGGACGCUUUCAAUAUUGGGGCUAAUGAUGUUGCCAAUUCAUGGGCUUCAUCAGUUUCUUCAAAAUCUUUAAGAUAUUGGCAAGCUAUGAUAUUGGCAGCUAUUUGUGAAUUAUUAGGUGCCGUUUUAGUUGGUUCAAGAGUUAGUGAUACCAUUAAGAGUAAAAUUAUUGAUAUUACCAUUUUUGAAGAUAAUCCAGCUGUUUUAAUGUUAACUAUGUCAUGUGCUUUGGUUGGUUCAUCAUUAUGGUUAACUUUUGCUACUGUUAUUGGUAUGCCAGUUUCAACUACUCAUUCUAUUGUUGGUGCUGUUAUUGGUGCUGGUAUUGCUGCCAAAGGUGCUGAUAAUGUUAUUUGGGGUUGGAAAGGGGUUGCUCAAAUCAUUGCUUCAUGGUUUAUUGCUCCAAUCUUAGCAGGUAUUUUAGCAUCUAUUGCUUUCUUAAUAUCCAAAUUUGCCGUCUUAGAAGUUAAGAAUUUCGAUAGAUCUUUAAAGAAUGCUUUGUUAUUAGGUCCAAUCUUAGUUUUUGCUACUUUCUGUAUCUUAACUAUGUUAAUUGUUUGGAAAGGUUCUCCAAACUUAGGUUUAGAUAAAUUAUCAACUGGUGCUACUCUUGGUUCAAUCUUCGGUGUUGGAGGUGUUGCUAUGAUUUUAUAUAUCACCUUCUUAUACCCAUACUACAGAAGAAAAUUAGUUUACAAUGAUUGGACUUUGAAAUGGUACGAUAUCUUCAGAGCUCCAACUUUUUACUUCAAAUCAACUGAUAAUAUUCCUCCAAUGCCACAAGGUCAUCAACUUACCAUUGAUUAUUAUGAAGGUAGAAGAUAUACUGAAGAUGAAGUUUCUGAAGUUUCAAAAGAUAUUUCUGACGAAGAAAACAAAGUCGAAGAUUCAAGUGAUGAAAUCACUACUCAAGUUAAAGAACAAAAAUCUGGAUGGUUCGUUAAUGCUUGUCCUCCAGAUAUGACUACUAAACAAUAUUGGUUAUCAUGUGCUAAACAACCAUCUAAAUGGGGUCAUUUAGUUUGGCAAUUCAUUAUUCACGGUUGGGUUCAAGAUGUUAUUUCUUUACAAGUUAUUUCAAAAGGUGCUUUAGCUGGUGAUUUAAAGAAAAUGCAUUUAUCAUCUAAAUUUUAUGAUAAUAGAAUUGAAUUCAUGUAUUCUAUUUUACAAUGUAUUACUGCUGGUACUAUGUCAUUCGCCCAUGGUGCUAAUGAUAUUGCUAAUGCCACUGGUCCAUUAUCAGCUGUUUACACUGUAUGGCACACUGGUACCGUUGGUGCUAAAGCUGAUGUUCCUCAAUGGGUCUUAGGUUACGCUGGGGUUGCUUUAGUUAUUGGUAUCUGGACUUUGGGUUAUAGAAUUAUGUCCGUCUUAGGUAACAAAUUAAUCUUACAAUCUCCUUCAAGAGGUUUUUCCAUUGAAUUGGGUGCUGCUGUUACUACUGUUAUGGCUACUCAAUUAUCUAUUCCAGUAUCAACUACUCAAUCAGCUGUUGGUGCUACCGUCUUCAUUGGUUUAUGUAACAGGGAUCUUAAAUCAGUCAAUUGGAGAAUGGUCUUAUGGUGUUAUUUCGGUUGGCUUUUAACCUUACCAAUCGCUGGUUUAAUCGCUGGUAUCUUAAACGGUAUCAUUUUAUAUUCACCUCAUUAUUAG